AUGGAGAUUGACCGUAUUCAUAAAACCUUCCGGAUCAGCCACACCCAGAGCGCAUUCCAGGCACUAAAGCAGUGGAGGAAGAAGACUGGACAUGGACCUCUGCACUACCUCCCUCAGCUGGUGGGGGCUCUGUGGAACAUGUUCGAACUCAGCCUGGAUGGGGAUGUUACGGCUAUUCUACAGGAAUAUCGUCACAACUUGCCCCAGGUGACUGUCAGUCCUGAGGAGCACAUGGAUAUUCAAGGGGUGUUCAAAUGGUCGCUGCCUCAGGAGGGAAGAUUUUACUGUCAGAACUCGGAUCUCCACGUCACCACCCCCUACCCUCUGUACGUGACUAGUCGGAGCUGGUCUGCAGAACCGUGGAGGUACGGGUCAGACUGGGUACCUGUGGGGCCGCUGUUCCACUUCCAGUUCCGCGCUGACGAUGCCACAGAGCCAGUGGAGAUUGAAUUCCCUCACAUUGUCGAACUAGCAGAUGGAGACAUGAUGGUGGCGUACAUAAAUGAUCAUGAUGAGCACGAACUCCUCCCUGUUGAACAAGUCAAGCCUGGACAUGUCACCGCUCUCCUGAAGAAAGACGCCCGGGUUGGUCCUGUGGGCAGGAGAAGUGCGGUCUGUGCAGCUCUUAAGAUAGAAGAUGCCAGGUAUGGACCUCCACACGACCUGAAGGCUCUAGAAGAGACACUGGCCACCAUGGAACAGCCUGAUCUAUCCAAGGCUGUGCGCAGGAUGUUUGUGGACCAUAUUUUGUCAAUGGAAGAGAUGGACGUGCAGCCUGAUGUGACCACUGAUCAGGAAGGAAACACAAAGUUUUGUGUAAAACUUCCGUGCAAAGGAAAGUACAUCUGCAAAGACACAGACAUCGGGAUCGUCACGUCCUGUCCCAUGACGAUGACGUAUCAGACAGAACCCCUGCCUGACCAAUGGGAACACCAGGACGACUGGAUGCCUGUCGGUCCCGUGUUUAACAUCCAGUCUGACGUUCUAGAGGACGGACCUGUGGAACUCCUGCUGCCGCACAUCCUGGAUCUUUCAGGCUACGACAGAAUGGAUAUCCCUGCAGAGGAAGCCAAAGUUGUCCAUAUUGCAGACAAAAAGGAAGAGUUGCUACCAUGUGUGAUAACACCUACACACUCCAUCUUCCGUCGUUGCAAGGGAAGCUGGGUGUUCAUUGUAUUGAGAAGAAUAUUUGGAUUGGAAACCCCAAGAAAGGGCCUCUUCGCCAUGUUUAAAUCGUCAUGGGCAAGCUAUGGUGUAGAUGUGAAGGCCUUCAUUGUCUCCAACACCAAAGGCAUGAUAAAAACUUUACAAAGUGAUUUAGAAGACCUUUGCCAGGAGGGCCAAACGUACUCCCUCUUGUACAGCAGACCCUGCACCGUGAUGCCCGAGCAAACAUACUGUUUGCACGCAACGGUGGAGAACGGUGCAAUGGUUGCACAUGAUCCAAAGCCACCAAGAGGCAUUCCAUAUGAGGACACAUUAGGUGAUGGUACGUACCCAGAGAGGUUCGAAAUCAUCAUCCAGAGUACCAGUGACCAGGCUACUGUAAAACUGGACGCACGCCUCUGUAAUGAGGGCCAGGAUGGUGAAGAUACCUGCCAGAUGACCAUGUUUAUGGAACCACCGGGCACCAGCCAACAUUCUGAUCCUUCAGCAGCAGCUUUACCCUCCUCAACACUGGGAACACUUCCUACUGCUGCAGAACCAUCGACCACCAGUCAACCGCCUGAUCCUUCAGACCAAGGAGCUUCUGCACCAGAUUUGACUGCCUUAACACCAGACACGUUUCCAAUUGGGCCCAAGAAACCCCUAGUGCUGCUGAUCAAUGACGAGUAUGGCACGAAAAAAGGCGGAAUCUCAACCAUCAACUACCAAGUGGCGCAGGAUCUGACCCAAGCGGGGGCAAACGUCCUUUGUACAGUACUCCGUGCGUCCGAAAGAGAUAUGGCAAGCGCAGCGAACGACCAUGUCACGCUGAUCAAACCCUUCCAACGCCCAGACGAUACAAGAGAACCGUCAUUAGACUGGCUGGUAUUUGAUCACCGAAUCCGGUAUCCAAACCUCCCUGGCGGUGUAGGCUGCAUCGUUGGUCAUGCCGACGUCACAGACAAGGCAGCACGGAGCAUCAAAGACGACCGGUACCCCCGGGCAGACCUGGUCACCAUCAACCACGUCUUACCAGAAGACACGGAGCGUUACAAGGGAGGCCGAAAGCCAAUGAAAGCCUGGGAGAAGGAAAUGGACAUACUGAAGACGUCCGACGGUGCGGCGGCUGUCUUUUCAGUGGGUAAACGGACCUACAGCCACUAUUCAACCAUGUACAAAGGAGACAAGAAGCCCAAAAAGCACUACAUGUACCUCCCAAGGCCAUCCACCAUAUUCGCGGACGCCACAGUGGACCCUGGUGGUGACGGACAGAAGGUCGUCCUGUCCAUCGGCAGAGUAAGGGGUGUAGAGACGCUGAAAGGCCAUAACCUCGCAGCAGGGUCAUUGGGAGAAGUAGCAGAGAGGAUCAACGUGGCAUGGCGUGUGUGCGGCAGCAGCGAUGAUGUCGAUGACUACGAGACGAGCAGGAGAAUCCUGGAAGAAAGCCUGAAGAGCAGUAAGCUGGCGCCCACCCUGCUGCCUUACAGGACGCAAGAGGAGAUCGUUGGUGACAUGAAGAUGGCGCAUCUGGUCCUGAUGCCGUCCCGCUCCGAGCCGUUCGGACUGGUCGGUCUGGAGGCCAUCGCAGCCGGCAUCCCCGUCCUCAUCUCUGACCAGUCGGGACUGGCAGACCUGAUCAAGGACCUGAUCGACAAGAAGAAGUGCCACGCAGACCGCAGGCACAGGAUCGUGGAGACCAGCGUGAACGAGUCCGACCAUGACGCAGACGUGAAGAGGUGGGCCGACAAAAUCCUGGACACCCUGGAAAACAUCCAGUCAGAAUUCCAGCACGCAGCCGAGUUCAAGCGGGAGCUGAUGGAGUCCAGGUACUGGGAGGACUCCCGCAGAACCUUCCUACAGGCCUGCGGCAUCACGGGUGGAUCUGCACAGCAGUAAGGGCAGAUUUCAAGAACACCACUGAUUUCAGGCGGGAUCACAGAUUUGCACAUCAGUAGGGGCAGAAGGACGGGAAAUAUGCGAGAAGUUUAUCUGUGCUGGUAGAAAUCAUUCUCAAGCAGGUGAAUCUGUAUUUGCCAACACACAAUGAAAAUGGGACUUGCAAAGGGAU